AUGGCUGUGGAUACUCCAGAUGCGAUUACUCUUAAUUCGUGGGAAGAUGCGUUUAAGUACCCUAUUCCUACAGUACGGCGAAUGGAGCAGGAGCUCCGCAGAGACGCUGAAGGCAAUAGGGACAAACUAAGGUCCCUUGUCGGAGUCAAAUACCGGGAUCUUCUUGAAACUGCGCAAACAAUAGUGGACAUGAACACAGAUAUUCAGCAGGUCGAGUCGACAUUGUCCAAUAUUGGUAGGCGAUGCAAUCCUCGAACAAUAACGAGGAGGAGUGAAUUUCCCCGCGAAUCAGAUAAGAGUGACCCCAAGUUCGGCGAGAAGAAUAAUGAAGAACGCAAGCUCAAUGCUCACUUAUGUCUUCUACGAAGCUGUACCAACUUGAUUGUGAAAAUAAUACGGGAGCGUGGCUCUGUGGUUCUGGCUGCGAAGCUACUAGUCAUUUCGAGACUCCUCUUGAAGACACUUUCACAGGCUGAAAAUGCCCCCCCUUUUGUGGAUAAUUUAAAGAAAAAUUUAGCCUCCCUCAGGGCGACGUUGCUGAGCCGAGUUAAGCUACGCUUGUCUCUUGCAAAUAUUACCACCGACAGGCUUAUACAGGCAUUGUCUGCAUUUUGUUUGGCCACCAGUUCCUCGUCUAAUGACGCUAUACGCCAUUUCUGCGAUGUACGAAAAAGCGCAAUUGGGGAACAAAUAACCGAAGGCCCGCAGAAAGAUGGUGUCCUUCUUGCCUUAAAACUGUACUUGCAGACUUUACGGCAGACGGAUCACCUGCUCGGCGGCCCUUUAGCAGUGGCACUGGAGAAAUUAACGACUCAGCCUCUUCUCGCAGACCCUGAAAUUUUGCGCUUAGGCGAGCUCAACAUAGAUGUCUUGAAGCCCUGGAUCGUGGCGGACAUUCAGCAUUUUACUCCAUGGAUUAAGUAUGAGGAAAUACCCAAGUCAGAAAGAAGUACCCAGCUAAAAAGCUGGUCUAAGAACACAUUCAAGAUAUUCUCCUCGCAAGCAAAACUAAAGCUAACAGCCUUUAAGGAUUUUGAGGAUAUCUUGAAUUUGCGAAAAGAGCUACUUGAGUCGUGGCUGCUGGUUCAGUCUUCGACUCCAACCCAUUCAAAUAUUGAAAUAUUAGAAGGUCUACAAGAUAUCAUAAACCACCAACUAAUUUUGAUUCUCCAAGGCCAAUCCGAAGGACUAGCUACUAUUGGAAAAGAAAUUACAUCGGUUAUAAUGAGUCUUUCAACAGAAGAAGGUGACAAGUACAGGUCUUCAUUAUGGGAUCCGAAACUUUCGUCAGUUGACUUUUCCGAAGGCGCCAAGAGCCUCAAGAGCGAGGUUGUCAAUAGAGCCCUAGGUAGAGGAACAGACUCUCUAAGAUUAUUGGAUUUGUACCAGAGCUGGCUAGGGGCUGUCGAAACUAGGGCUUCUUUAAUUCGUGGAAUGAAAAGCAAUAACUGGGAGGAUAUUGCUGAAGAUGAUAGCGAUGAAGAUGUCAUUGACCAUAUAAACGGAUGCUUAACAGAAGAUGAUCCAGUGCUUCUUGAAGAAGAACACCAAAAGUCAUUGGAGAAAGGAUUCAGUGAACUCCAAGCCAUUUUAGCUGGUGUGCUCGACGUAUCCUCCGAAUCACACAAGGUUUUGAAAGCCGUCUUUCUUCUGCGCAUGAUUCGAGAGAUUCGAAAUAAGAUCCCAGACAGGCUCCUGGAAGAAAAGCAAAUCCACUUUGCCCAGGAAAUGGUACCCGAAUUACAUGCCAUUAUCGCAACUGGUGUUGUGUCCCAGCUAUCUACUCAAAUAACGAAGUUGAUGCCGUACAAAAGCUCUCCCAGGUGCCCUGGUAGGACUUUAUGGGAGGGCAAUCCCGAGCUCCCAGUUCAGCCAUCUCCAGCUACCUUCAAACUGCUACGGAAACUUGAACUUUCAAUGGAUGGCCUAGGCCCAGACCUCUGGAAUCCCAGUGCACUAUCUGUCUUGAAAGUGGAAUUUCAGAAAUCAAUCAACGCACUUCUUGAAGGCAAGCUCGCGCAAGAAAUGGUUGAUUCAAAGGCUACCUCUUCUGAAAAUGGAGUGACUGAACAAGAGCAACAGCCUAAAUGUGAAGCGGAUUCGCCUUCUCAGCGGGACUAUAAAUUACAACUCAUAUUUGACCUGAUGUAUUUGGAUAAUGUGACGACACCUCACUCUCUAACUCUAGAAAAUUCCGCCUUGACCGCCCUUACCGAAGCUUUGCAGUUGGAGAAAGAAAAGAUAGAAACUCUCAGGACAAAGUCGGUUGCAUAUUGGGAGCGAACACGGCUUCUCUUUGGGCUGUUGGGCUAUUGA